AUGGAAAAUCUGCCGGAAACGUUAUGUGUGGACCCAACGGCACCACCAUUGCCGCCGGCGGAGACCGCUACUUUUGAUGUGACUCCAAUUGAAGCUUCCUCGAGCAUAUCGCAAUCCGCCACUGUGGAUGAGCUCAUACAUAUGCUCUACAACCCCAAUCUCCGCGGAGAGGCUAUGGAGCUUCUCAACAAGAAGCGUGAAUCGUGUGCUGAGCUGCCAAUUCAACUGUGGAAUUCCUUCAACACAGUUUACAUACUUCUGCAGGAAGUGAUAUCCCUAUACAAGAAGUUGUCUCCCUUGAGGAUUACCACCAAAGAGUCCACUCGAGUUUGCAAUGCUCUUGCAUUGAUUCAGUGUAUGGCUGCUCACCCAGACACAAGAAUGGGACUGGUGAGAGCUAAAAUACCUGCGUAUCUUUACCCAUUCCUGGAACCAACUGUGAAUGAGAAGCCCUUGGAAUUUUUGAGGCUGACGAGCUUGGGGGUUAUUGGUGCGCUGGUGAAGAUUGAGGAUUCAAACGCGCCGGAGACAGUCCAUUUCCUCCUCGAAACUGAGGUUUUCCCUCUCUGCCUCCGCUGCAUCGACCUUGGCGAUGAACUAACCCAAUCUGUAGCAACUCUGAUAGUGAUGAAAAUACUGAUGCAAGAGGAGGGGCUAAACUACUGCUGCGCUCUUGCAGAGCGGUUCUUCUCUGUGGUGCAGGUGCUGGGGCGUCUGGUGGAGAGGCUUCCUGAGACUCCAUGUUUGCGUCUCCUAAGAUACGUCGUUCGUUGCUACCUUAGGCUCUCCGAACUCCCAAGCUCGCUUCGCUCCAUGGCGAUGGAGACAUUCCGCCGUUGCCUUCCUUCAAAGCUCACAGACGAAAGGUUCCUCAACGUCCUUCAUGAUGAUCCGCAGACAGCGAGGAUGUUGCAGCAGUUCUUUCUGAACAUCACAACAAGCAGCUCUUAG